CGUUUUGAGCGCGUAUUUUGAAAAGUGCUAGCUUUAUUAACUUAGUUUCCGGCGUUUAUGCCGCGUAAAAAUUUCUUUGUCGAUUUAAUACCAGUUAUCCUUGUAAACUUGGGGGAAAAAAAACAAAACUACGAAACAUCUUAUUAUGUUUAGUGACGGCAGUUUAGUGCUUGAGCGUUCGUUUAUUCUAAUGAGUUCAAGGCCGUACUUUUUAUGAUUCACAUUACAAUGGCGGAUUUUCUGAAGGUGGAUUGUUUUGUACUUUUAUUCUAAGCAGGAGGAAUAAUGCAAUUUCCAUUCUGAAGAUAAGCAUUGAAGAAAAUCAAAGGAAUAUGUUCAGUUAAGCGUAUUAUUUAAGAGUGGCGACAUAUUUGUUAAACUUGUUGAAAAAUGUCUAAUAGGAAAAAAAGGCCGGCAUGUUUCAGUGCGAAAACUGAAAAUGGCAAAGUACGAGAUAAUAGUCUUCCUCUGAAAGUCAAAUCUGAAAGAAAUUCUUUGCCUGAAAAGAUGUCCAUGGAUGUGGACACUUCGGCUAUUUUACCAACUCCCUGUCUGAAGAGGACCAUAACUGUAAGGAAAAUAGUACCUAAGAAAAUACAACAGCAGCAGGUUACUGAUAAUCCUUCUACACCAAGGCGAAGUCCUAGGAUUGCUUCUUUGCCUGAAAUCAACAAGGAAAAUCUAAAACCUGCCUCAGAAAAUUCACUGGACAACAUAAAGACAUCUGUUCUGUCAGAAAGUAAACAAAUUCUCUCCCCUUCAAAAGCAGACAUUUUUCCAAUUAACUUAAUUACUGAACCUGAACCAGCAACAGAACCUGCUUCUUGUCAAGAUCCUCAGAACUUAGUGUGGUCAAAGAAGGCUCGCCGAUCUUACAGCAGACUAAGUAACCAGUCAUUAAGUGAGACAUCUGCAUUGAAUAGAAGCGAUGACUCAUCUAUUGCUUCAUCCAGAAAAGACCGCUCUUCAUUGUAUGGAUUCAACAAUCUUUUGUCUCCAACAAAAAAUUCUGAUGUUCCCAUUACUAACUUGCAAAAUAAUUCUGUUGUGCCACACCAGAAUCUUCUGAUCAGUGGCUUUUCUGAGGUGGAUGUAGACCUACAAAUUCCUGGAGUAGUAGUGGUCAAAGAGAAGAAAAAGAAAAAGAAGAAAGUACAGAAAAUCAAGCUCUCUGAAUUGGAUGAUUUGGCAGCUCAGAUGAAUGCAGAGUUUGAGGCUGCAGAAAAGUUUGAUCUCUGCAUAGAGUAAGAAGCAAGCAUUGCAGUGUUUAAUGAGGAGA